AUGGCCGUACCCGCACCCGCGACGAUUGCCCGUCCAACCGGCGAGACUCUGCGUGGCAAGCAAAAAGAGAAGGAUGUGCGAAUGUCCAACAUCAUCGCUGCAAAAGCAAUUGCGAACGCUAUUCGCACGAGUCUAGGACCACGCGGGAUGGACAAGAUGAUCCAGCAGAGCAAUGGAGAAGUGAUCAUAUCUAACGAUGGCGCAACUAUCUUGAGCCAAAUGCAAGUGUACCACCCGACGGCCAAGAUGCUCGUGGAUCUGUCCAAGUCGCAGGACAUUGAAGCUGGAGACGGUACCACCAGUGUUUGUGUGCUUGCUGGCGCUCUCCUUGGUGCCUGUGAAGACCUUCUGCUUAAGGGCAUCCACCCUACCAACAUCUCGGAAGCUUUUGGCCUUGCUGCCGUUAAGGCCGAGGAGAUUUUGACGGACAUUUCGAAACCGGUGGAACUUGCGAACCGCGAGGAACUCAUUAAUUGUGUCAAUACGUCGCUGUCGUCCAAGGUCAUUUCCGAGUACGCAGACCAAUUGUCUCCGAUUGCCGUGGACGCCGUGCUGCAAGUGAUUGACAUUGCUACGGCCACAAACGUGGAUUUGAACGCAGUGCGCGUUGCGCAGCAGCUUGGAGGCACAAUUGACGACUCGGAGCUCGUGGACGGACUUGUGUUCAGCAAGGGCUUUGACAAGACGGCGAGCAGUACGGGCCCUACUACCAUUGAGAAUGCCAAGAUUGCGCUCAUUCAGUUCUGUCUGUCUGCACCGAAAGCAGACAUGGAGAGCAAUGUGGUCAUUAAUGACUACGCUGCGAUGGACCGCAUUUUGCGUGAGGAACGCAAGUACAUUUUGAACCUUUGCAAGAAGGUGAAAAAGUCGGGCGCGAAUGUCUUGCUGAUCCAAAAGAGCAUCUUGCGGGAUGCCACGAACGACUUGUCGCUUCACUUUUUGGCCAAGAUGGGCAUUCGUGUUAUCACGGACAUUGAACGCAACGACAUUGAGCACAUCGCCACGACGCUGGGAUGUCUGCCUGUGGCAAACAUUGAGUAUUUGACCCCCGAGAAGCUUGGCACGGCGGGUUUGGUGCAGGAAGAAACAGUGGGCGGCCACAAGGUCGUCAAAGUCACGGAAAUUGUAAAACCAGGCAAGACUGUGUCUAUCCUUGUGCGUGGUUCGAACAAACUGGUUCUUGAAGAAGCCGGUCGAUCACUGCACGAUGCUCUGUGUGUCGUACGCUCACUGGUCAAGAAACGCUUUUUGAUUUGUGGCGGUGGUGCACCUGAAAUUCAGGUGGCUCAGAAGCUGGCAGCUUACGGCCGCACACUCGAAGGUACGGCCAGUUACUGCUUGCAGUCCUUUGCUGAUGCGAUGGAGGUCAUUCCGUACACACUGGCAGAGAACGCUGGUCUCCACCCGAUCGGUAUCGUCACGGAACUGCGGGCGAAGCAUGCCCAGGGGCACACGAGCAUGGGCAUUAACGUGCGCAAGGGCGCCAUUAGUUAUAUGUACGAGCUCAACGUGCUACAGCCUCUUCUGGUCAGCACGAGUGCGAUCUCGCUGGCCACGGAGUGCGUCCGCAUGAUCCUCAAGAUUGACGACAUUGUGAUGGUCCGAUAA